ACACACUCAUUCUCAUUUUACAUUAUGUCCGUGCCGGAGGUGAACUCAAUCUCUAGUUUGGAAUCCUUACGAAUCUGGCUUGGAAGACCAACAGCCUCCUUCCCAAACCAGCCGGCAGCCACAAGCCCUGCGUCCCUGCACCAGCCUUGCUCUGCACCUGCUCUUGCGCCUGGCCUUGCUAGGCCUCACCCGAGCCCUGCUUGCUACCCAGACCCAUAGCCUGCACCUGGACUGCACCGCGCCCUACCCCCUAUCACCGAACUAGCCAUCAUCACCCCCUCGCACGCCUGCAACCUGCCCUACACCGAGCCAUCAUCGCCCCCUCGCACGCCCAGCCUUGCUGCACCAGCCCUGCACCUACGCCCGAGCCUUGCGCCUACGCCCCUGCUCCCUGCUCUGCGCCCAGAUCGCCUGCACUCUGCCCCAGCCUGCACUCUGUUGCGCCCGGCCUUGCUUCCUACACCAGCUUUGCUCUGCACCAGAUCGCCUGCACUCUGCCGCGCCUCUGCACUCUGCACCCAAUUCCAUGCCCCUGCCUCCUGCACGCUACAGCCAUUCAGAAAAAAACAACAUAUGCAAGACAAAAUCGUGAUUGACGGAGCAAAUUUUUGUUGUUAUUUUAUUUAUUUCCUUUUAUUUUAUUUGGGUACAUAUAUAUAGGAAAAAUGAUAUCAAAACCGGGGGGUCUUUGGUUGAUUGUGGAGUUUUGGAGUUGAUUUUGGGGGGUUCUUUGGUUGAUUCCGGAGAAAGGGGGGGUUGAUUUUCGAGUUUGUUUUUUUUGUUUUUUUUCUCUUCUGGGUUCUGGUUCUUCUCUGGGUUCUCAUUUUCUUGUCACUGAAAAAAAAAGAGACGAAAGAAAGAAGAGUCCGAGAGGGAGAAAGGCUGGUUGAAGGGAAGAAAACAUUUUCUUUGGAGGUUGACAGUGGCUAAAAGGAGGCUUAUUUUGUGGUGUCUUUCUGUUUAGGUAUUUUCUUUCAACAGAGGAGUUUUUUUUCUUUCAACAGAGGAGGUUUUUUUGGGAGGCAGUGAGGGGAAUGAUCUGGGCUUGAUCCCGUGGGAGGGAUUCCCCAGAUCGGACUCCGAUCUGUUACCCAGAAAGCUUCACCAUGCUUGUUUCUUUUGACUUUCUGUUCUGUGAUUUGCUUUUAUGAUGUUUAAGUAUGUAUGUGUUUAUUAAAAAUCAAUGAAAAAAAAAGAU